UGAUAUUACUGAUACCUUCCAGUGCAAAAACAAUGAGUGUAGUUCGUCUGGAUGCUGCAGUACGUUAGAGCCCCACUUCCUGUGUGAUAUUCCUCAGGGAGUGGACUGAAUAUAUAUAUGUGUGUGUGUGCGUAUGUGCAUGUGUGUGUGUGUGUGUGUGUGUGUGUGUGUGUGUAGGCAACUUUAUCAGUGUGACCCAGCUGUGUCUCUAGAACACUUGCUGUUAUUGCAAGAGCAGACACUGUCCCUCUUUUGGGCCCCUGUUUCACGGAGAAGACAUUUAUAUACUGUGUGUGCUGGUAUGAAGUGUGUGUUAUUUGCCCUACUGGUUCUCGUCUGUGAGCUGGGAGCUGAUGUAGGCAAAGCUGAUGCUGUAUGUCCACAGGGCUGUUUCUGCACAGCUGCUGUGGUGGACUGUAGCAGUCGUGGACUCACAACUGCCACACUGCCUUCAUCUUUCCCCGUGAGCACCACUGAGCUCCAGCUCCAUGAUAACCACCUCACAGCACUGCCCACUGGACUGCUGGACGGCAUGCAGGCGCUGCAACUGGUCACGCUGCAUGGGAACCCGUGGGAGUGUGACUGUGCCGUGCUCUAUCUGAGGGGAUGGCUUUUAAAACAGAACAAUGAUGCUUUGAUAAGAAAUGUGAGCUGCAAUUCUCCUCCUGGCCUGCAGGGGAGACUGGUGGCCUACCUAUCAGAGGAGGAGGUGCUUAACACCUGUAAUUAUUGGCUGUGUGAUCUGGCCUUGGCCUCACAGAUCAGCUUGUUUGUCUUUAUAGUGGUGCAAGGAAUCCUCCUUGCUGUGGUGGUCUACUUCCUCCGCCGUUUCAACCAGCUGGGCUAUGAUGCACAGCGAGCAGCUGCAGAAAGCUUUCACAGCUGAGACCGACAGCAUCUCACAAAUCAAAGAGUGUGUCUCACUAAACAACAAAAGCUCCUGAUGUGCAAGGCUGAGGAACCUCGUUUCACACCACAAUGGCUGUCUUUCACUACUGUUUUAACUGCCCUCAUCAACGUCUUGUCACUAUUUCCAUUGCGAAACCUUGUUGCUGUCUUAAGGAAUGUAACCUUUAUCCACUCAGGUGUAGGGUUGUAGUAUAAGCCAUGAGAGGAGGGAUUAAGGCAACAUAAUCUGAGACUUCAUGUGCUGAAUAUGCUGAGAAGGUAUUCUGAUCAGCCACAACUUCUAUAAUUAAUGUGGUCUCGCAGGAAUUUAAUUUUUCACAUUUGGAAGAUCCAUGCAUGCCAAAGUCAUCCUGUCUGCUUUCUGGGUUUCAUUCGCUCUCAAAAUAUUAAUACAAUAAUUCUGUUAAAAUUGUCAACCAAUCAAAAUAGGCUUCAAAUUUUGACUAUUAAUACUAGUUACUCCAAUGCUAAAUUCUCAGAAGAGCAGUAACUAAAGAGAAACUCCUCCCACUACCGUUUUAAGCAAACAUUACAGCAUCUGUACACAUUUGCUUUUCAUAUUCACAGGUACAUUAAAACAAUUUGGGGUCCCCAAGUGUUCAGAACCAGCGUUGCAUACACUAUAGAUAACGAAGAGGGGAAGUUGAUGACAGCAUGCUGAAAACAGUAAUGAAAUGGGCCAGUGAGAGACUUGAAAAAGGUGCACAUUACAUCCUGCUUUACUUUACUAGUUAUGGAAUAUGAAAUAGCAUCUGAAAGAUUUAUGCCAGUCAGCAAACUUUGGUGAAAACUAUUAAAUCACCCCAUAUGCAGUGUUUGCAUUCACACUGCAUUUGUACUGUAUAUUUUUUCAUGAAAUAUAUUUGCAAUGGAAGCUCUUAAAAAGGUUUUAUUCUUUCUUUUUUUUUUUUAUACAAUAAAAUUAUUUUGUAAUUUGGGUCUUUUA